GCAGCCACUCGAACAGGGACACACCACGGCCAUGGAGAACAGCGGCGUAGACAGCGAUGCUGCAAGCGCACAUACGUGGCCAGAAGCCCAGUGGAACCCUUCCCUCGCCCCAACACACCCGACAACUUCAGCAGAGGAAGAGAGCGAGAGUCAUCCUUAUCGCAAACCUGGGCCUGCAAUACUCAACAUACAAAGCCAAAGCGUACAUUCCUACGCCCCGUACCACUCGGACACUUUUAAUGUCGCUCGCUCACGCCGUAAAUCCGUCUCUGCCGUCUCUCCAGGAGCGGAUGACCAAAACGACGAGAAUGAUCUCUUACAACCGCCUUACAAAAGCAAGCGUCAAGCACGGGGAUCCUUCUCACUACCGUUUCACGGUGGAAGACGGAGAAUACAACCUUCAGGAUGGUUUCCCUCCUUCCGGCGAGGUGGUCGUCGUUCCAAAUACAUUUUCCUUCUCCUCCCCAUUUCAGCAUUAAUCUAUGCUAUUAUCCUCUGGCGACGGUCGUACGAGAUCCAAGUCGAAUUCUCCAUCUUUUCCAGGAAAUGGGUUGCCUCCGAGAUUGACUCCCUCGAACCUCUUCGGGGCUGCUUCUCCCCGUCACUUAUUUCUCCAAAAUACAACCUCACCAAACACCUUGCCCCUAAGCGACAUCUCCUCGCCCCAGGUGUCAGCCUCAAACGGGGAAUGUCAUGCUAUGACUUUGCUUCCACAAUCCAGCCUUUCCCAGACGCCCCUUUAGAGCAUGUCUACUACCAUACAUACUGGCGAGCGGAUUUACUCCCCUUUGGGGAAAGACAGACCGCAACGUUCCUCUCGUUCCUAGCUACACAGCCCCUUUCGCACUCAACCUUGAUCCUCUGGACAAAUGGAGCGAAUGUCCUGAGAGCCAAUCCACAUGUGGCACCGUUCCUGAAGAGAUGGGGCGAAUACAUUCAAGUUCGCGAAGUAGAUCUGGACGUUCUCACCCAAGGGACAGAAUUGGCCUCGAUCUUGGGCAACAAUGGAGGACAGAAAGGAAUAUUUGAUGAGAGGGCAUGGGUGGAUGGGGAUGCGGUGAGACUGUUGGUGCUUUGGAAUUAUGGAGGAAUAUGGAUGGACAUGGAUCAGCUUUUGACAAGAGAUCUACAUCCUCUCACAGAGGAGGAAUGGGUUACCCAGUGGGAUUGCUAUGACAAACCAUACUUCUCCCUUAAUGGUGCUCUCAUGCACUUCCAGCCUUCCUCCCCAUACCUCUGCGAAGCAUUCCAUAUCAUGGCCUCAUCCCCCCUUCCUAAACCCAAUACAUUUACCUGGGGCUCGCACCUCUAUGCCAAGUUGCAUCGGCAUCUGAUAGCAGCGAACAAACGGCCAUUCGCCGUACUCCCGUGGUGUUUCUCUGACCCAAGGAAUUGUAGACUCGAUAACCGAUUCCCUGAUCCAUUCGCGCCUGACCCCCCUACAUUUGCUGGUAUCCCUUGGUCCUCCUGUCAAGAUGGAAGUCAUGGAGGCAAGUCGGGUAGGGAACUGCUAGAAGAAACAUCAUCACAUGUGUACUCGAUUCAUCUCCAUAACCAGUGGUCGAAAAGUUUCCCGGCUGGUGGAUGGGUGGAGAGAUUGUUAGAUGGGUACAAGGUGCAAGUGGAAAGGGUCGAGAGGUAUGCUGAAGCAGCGGGACUGGUUAGGGAUGGGAGAAUUGUGCUUGGAUAAAGCCUUGGGAAGGGAGAAAGUUGGUGGAGGAAAGAGGGUAGAGUGGGAGGAAGAAAAGAGAAUAAUCUGUGAAGUAGACCAUCAUUGUUGUACCAAAUAAUCACCUUCAAAUCUUCGUACGCACGACCCGCCACGCAGAAGAGAAGCAGUUCCGGCCUUCAUAUAUAAAGUAACGCAUAAACCUUUUCUCGCAGCCACGCAAAAACGGACAAAGUGCCGCUCUCGGAUUUUUGGAUUAGUACGUACCAGUAACCCCAAAUAGUCUCGCAGGCCACAUGUGUUAGACAUAGGUGAUGCUGAAUGCUGGCAAUUUCCGCUUCUAUAUAACGUAAUUUUUAUGAACUGCAUGAUAUCUCAUGACUUUCCGUAGUGAUUUAUUCAGAUGGGGAAAAGGAGAUGGAGUGCAGAUAUGCAAAAAAAUGUC